CCGCAGAUUUUCAGUCGAUUAGAAAAAUAGCCGCUGAUAAGAUCGGAACAUGAAGUCUGCACUGAUUUUGUUCCUUGUAGUUUUAGAAUCAUCUAUUUUUAUUGUGGAUUCUAAGUUUUUUAUGUCUUCCUUCGAGGCAAACUGGUACCGCGCCUUCCAGAGCUGUGCUGCAUCCGGGAAGCGGCUCGUUUCGGUGGAAUCUCAGCAAAAGCAUGACGCUCUGGUCGACUACAUCAAGACCACUAGCCGAUAUGUUAAUUUCAGCCGGUUUUGGCUCGGGGCAAACGAUAUGGCCGAGGAAGGAACGUUCGUUUGGGUUCACAGCGGUCGAACCGUGACCUAUACAAGAUGGCAUUCGGAUGAGCCAAACAACACCGGAGGGGUGGAAAAUUGCGUGGAGCUAGUGUAUGACACCGUUGGAAAAUAUAUCUGGAAGUGGAACGAUACGGAGUGUAAGGAUAACAAGCGAUAUUUCGUGUGCGAGGAUGACUUUAUCGAGGACGAUAGUGAUGACGAAAUAAAGGAAUUUAAAAAGUGAUAUCAGGAAUUGUUUUUUUUUUCA